AUGCAUAGACAGGAGCCAGUAGAUGCAAGUAAUCUAGCAGCUGAUGCAUGCGCUCCACAGCAACAGCAUGAACGUCUGCAGCAGCAGCAGCCGCAGGGGCAUGCGCAGCAGCAGCAACCGCCGCAGCAGCAACAACAACAAGAACAGCAACAGCAACAACAGCAGCAGAAGCAACAGCAGCAGCAACAGCAGCAAGUAGCUCAGGCGCGCCCCCCGGCUCUGGCCUUCACACACCCGAAGGCGGGCUCGAUGGUCAUAGCUUCCUUGCGGCAGCAGGCGAACCCAAUCAUUAAGUGA